AUGACCGCGGGGCCGCCAUUGUUCUCAUGGAACGGCAUGCGAUUGCUGGCGAUUUGCUCGCUUCUCACCGCGAUGACCAACUUCCCCUCGGGAUUCUCGCAUACGUCUGUUAAUACGGCGGUGCACAAACUCAACGAAUACCUCAACGACUCGUUCACCGAACGCUUCCGACCACUCGAUCAUGAAGAAGUGUCGAUGUUGAAAUCAGGAAUCAAUUCUGCUUGGUAUUUGUUCCAAGUUGUCGGAGCCAUGAGCAGCCCGUUCAUUUGUGACACCUAUGGAAGGAAAGUCGCUUUUGCGAUCUCUGUCGUGAUGAUGGCAGUCGCUGGCCUUCUUCAGAUGAUUGCUAGCCUAACACCGUACUCAGAAGUGUUGGUUGGAGGAAGACUGAUUGCCGCCGUAUUCUCGCCGCUCAGUGAUGCAGCACUGAUUCUUUACCUUCAAGAGAUCUCACCAUCAUCCCUACGUGGUACCAUGUCUUCUCUCUAUUCCACCGGCUAUUCGAUGAUGUGCUUGCUCGGCAUGCUCCUCGGACACGAGGCUCUUUUGGGGCAUUCUCUCACCGUCUUGCUCUUCGUACCUGUCAUUCCUGGAGUUCUCUCAACAAUAUUCGCCUGCUGGAUGCCGGACACACCAAAAUUCUUGCUUCUUGCCAAAAAAGAUCGACUUGCCGCUCUGCGAUCGUUGAGAUUCUUCCAAGGACAUCUUCCUGAUCAGACACUUUUGUUGGAUUCCAUGGAACAACACAGCAAGGAAAACGCGCCGGAGAGUGCAGAGACUGAAGAGAAAAGCGAAACGUCUGUUUUGAACAUCUUGAAAACGCCUCAUCUGAGAAGAGCAAUGCAGCUGUCCGUUUCAGCAGCUAUCCUCACCCUUCCAUUCUAUCCAAUCCUUCAAAGCAGCACCUUCUUUUUCACAGAUAUGGGCGUCGAUAUCAAUUCUUCUCAAAUGUCUUCGAGCUUGAUGAUGGUGGUCUUGACAAUCUCAUCGAUCUGUUCGACAAUGGUCAUUGACCGAAUUCCGAGGAGGAUUCUGUUGUUGAGCUGCGGAUCGGGAACUGUCGUCUUCAUGUGCAUUUUCGCCGCUGCUGAGCAAAUGCAUUAUCAAACAGUUGCAAUUGGAGCAUGCUUUGGAUUUAUUAUGUCUUAUGGAAUUGGAGUUGGACCUGUUAUCUGGUCGAUUCCUCCCGAGCUCUCACCGCUCGCCAACCGUUCAAUGAUGUUCUGUUUGGUAUAUUCAAUCCAUAGUUGUCUGGUCGUCGUCACCAACUUCUCGACGAUUCCGCUUUUCAUGUCGCUCGGCGCCUUUUCGUUCGUUCUUCUCUUCGCAAUUCCCUCAUCGAUGGCCCUCGUUUAUUUGUUGAUGCGUCUUCCGGAGACGAACGGUCGUGAGAUUCACCACAUCAUUGCUGAACUCAAAGGUGUCAUCGAGGACAAGCCGACAUCGACGAUUGCCACAAUCGCCUAA